AGACAAUGUAAUGAUGGGGCAGCCAUUUGAGCACACGACGUAUUUAUCACCAAGCCAUGUAUGGGAGUUUAAGAUAAGGUACUUAGUGUCGGGCUUAUUCGGCAACUAUAGGUUGUAAUAAUUACACCAACGAACGAUUUGAACACGUGUCCUGUUUAAUGUUUGGUGCAUGAUAUCCUUCAAAUUCAUCGGUCAAACUGCCAGAACGUUAACUGUUCUGCGCAUGUCCUGUGGCUUUCCUUCAACCAUCAGCACAAAGGCUGUUUUGCUUGCGUAUUAUGUUAAAUAAAAAAAUUGUGCUCCAAUAUCUUUCCAAACAUUUUUACACUCCAAAAAGUCGUUCCAUUGCUUUGCUCAGUAUUGACGGAGAGGCUGAUCCACGUUUUGCAGUAAAAUGCAUUGUGCUUACGGUGAAGGUUAACCAAAGCUACGAGUGAAUGGUUAUUUUCCCGUCCCUAUAUCGACCACGUUUCUAAAGCCAACAACCAAGAGUGUGUUGUGGAGGGCACCUUUUAAGAAAAAAAGGCGGAAAACGGUCCCCACCCCUCCUUAAGGAUGAACCCAACGCCGAUACCAAACCACGAUUUCAUGGAGCUGCAUCCGGUGCAUCAGCAUCCAGCGGGCUGCAAGCAGCACUGUUUCGUGUUCACCGAGAUAGCGGACAUAGAGCUGCCGCCCGAAAUCACCAAGUAUCCGGAAAAGAUCAAGAACGGCAGCAUCCAUUCGUACACGAAGGAGAGCAUCUCACCGCCACCGCCGAAGCUGGCCAAGGACCGUCGCAGCCGGAAGAUAAUAGCGCUCGUGUCCGGGCUGCUCGUGUGCGUGGCACUGGCCGCGGGCAUCCCGCUCGGUUUGCAGCUCCGAUCGUCCUCCCUGCUGGAAGCUCGGCUAGCGUUCAUCCGGCGGCUGCUGGUGGAGUCACCGCUUGUGGAAGGCUACUGGGCACCACCGAUGGGGGCCAACUUUAGCAAAAGCUUUGCGGAGGUAAAGAGCGGCAUGGUUGGCGCACUGCUGUGGCCCAUUGCGGUGCCGUGUGCGGCACAGUAUCUGGACGCGGUGCAGCUCACGCUGGAGGGUUUGGACGAUGCGCGGAGGCUGGUGGGCAAGAACCGCGAUAUGGCGGUGGUAGCGAACGCGGACGAGAUGGAACAAGCGCAUACGGAGGGCAAGCUGGCGAUACUGUUCGGGCUGGAAGGGGGCCACACGUUGGGCUCGAGUUUGGCGGUGCUUCGCUCGAUGUAUUCGCUCGGUGCGCGAUUUGUUUCGCUGACGGGCGUGGGCUGUACGACACCGUGGGCCAGCGCCUCGAUACGGAACGAUUUCUUCGACGAAAAUCUUCCCUCCACCUUGACCAACUUCGGUGAGAUCAUAAUUCAGGAGAUGAAUCGACUGGGCAUGCUGGUGGAAAUAUCGCGCCUCUCCGAACCGGCCAUGAUGGUGGCACUGAACGUGGCCAAAGCGCCACUGCUUCUGUCCAACGCACUGCCCUCGUCGAUGGCUUGCAACGGUACGACGGCCGCCGUCCCGGACCACAUCCUAAGCGCACUGUCCCAGAACGGGGGCGUCCUGAUGCUGAACGUCGAACGGUGCGGCGAUAAGCCGAUGUCGCUGAAGGAUGCUAUCACCGCGAUCAACUACAUCCGAGCGAUUGCCGGCGUGGACCACGUGGGGCUCAGCGGGUCACCGAAAAACUAUCCCUUGCUGCUGGCGGAGUUGGCCCGGGACCGGUUGUGGGGCUCGGUGGCCAUCAAGAAGCUGGUCGGCGGAAACAUCGUGCGCGUGCUGCGUGAGGUCGAAACGAACAAGAACCGUUUGCCGCUGUCCGAGGACUGGAUACCGCUGGAGGCGAUCGAGAUGAACGCUUACUGCCGAUACCCGGAAACGUAAAGUUGUCCCCCGGGGUUUGUGAGCGUAAUGUCCGGGAUGGGAGUGUUCUGGGCUACCGUGCAACAAGUAUUAUCUUCCACAUCUGCACCGGGCACCGGGAUUUGGGAGAAGGUUGGAGGGAGCAGCAACACAAAACGCAUAUAACAAAACAAAACAUUAACUAGCGAAUCUAGCAAGAGCAGCGUGUUGCGCGCUUUGAUGCGACAGUUCCGCUCCUAGCUCGGUAUAGAACAAUAUGUUAUAGAGUAAAAAGAAAGAAACCAGACAAAUAUUAUCGCAUAUCAAUUCUUCCAGAUGAAAUCUAAUUUACUAAACCUCCCUUAUCUCUCUCUCUCUCUCUCGUUUGUUGUGCAUUGUUUGAAAGUGUUGGAAUUACUCCAACGUGUAGAAGGGGUGAACAUAGAGCGUCAACCAGAGGGGGGCUAUAUUGCAAUCAUUUUGUAGCUGCGUAGAUACAGCGUGUUCAAAAUUUGAACAUGGUCACAAAAGCUAUGCUUUUCAAAUAGAACCCUGCGAUACAGACAGUAGUUCACUAGUUGAAUGGUUGUUGAUGGGAAAACAAAAUUUAUUAUAACUUAAUACGGGGAAUGAGCCCGGCAAUCAUCGUAUCUUCUACUAAAACAAAGCAUCAUUUAUCAUGAAGCUUUCGUUUUUAUGCUGAGCACUAUUAGUGUGUAUACAUUCGAUUACACAUUUCCACGGCACGGUUGGGGCGAGUUCUACUCUACGCGCCGGGAAGAAGUUAAUGUCCCUCUAGAAAGAGAAUAUAAAUAAUAAAUAAAUGUUUUAACAAAACAACACUCUUUCGA